CCUGAUAAGAAAUGCUCGGGUGUCGCGGGCACCCACCCGCCGGGAGGGUAAGACACUAUAUAAGGCCGCUGUCUCGAGCCGCAGCGCCGUCGGAGCAGAAGUGCUGAAUGCGCAGGUACCUAGAGCGCACCGCCGGCUCGAGGGACGCGCCCGGCCUCUGCACGCACAGUCCUGCAGCCGCCCAGCCUCCCGCACCCUCGCCGCCAGAACUGCGUGCGGAGCCCAAGGGAGUUGCCAUGCGGAGCGCGCCGAGCCGGUGCGCGGUAGCCCGCGCCCUGGUCCUAGCCGGCCUCUGCCUGGCGGUAGCCGGGCGCCCCCUAGCCUUCUCGGACGCGGGGCCGCACGUGCACUACGGCUGGGGUGAGCCCAUCCGCCUACGGCACCUGUACACCGCCGGCCCCCACGGCCUCUCCAGCUGCUUCCUGCGCAUCCGUGCCGACGGCGGGGUUGACUGCGCGCGGGGCCAGAGCGCGCACAGUUUGGUGGAGAUCAGGGCAGUCGCUCUGCGGACCGUGGCCAUCAAGGGUGUGCACAGCGUCCGGUACCUCUGCAUGGGCGCGGACGGCAGGAUGCAAGGGCUGCCUCAGUACUCUGCAGGGGACUGUGCUUUCGAGGAGGAGAUCCGCCCCGACGGCUACAAUGUGUACCGGUCCAAGAAGCACCGUCUCCCCGUCUCUCUGAGCGGUGCCAAACAGAGGCAGCUUUACAAAGACAGAGGCUUUCUGCCCCUGUCCCACUUCUUGCCCAUGCUGCCCGGGAGCCCAGCAGAGCCCAGGGACCUCCAGGACCAUGCGGAGUCGGACGGGUUUUCUGCACCCCUAGAAACAGACAGCAUGGACCCUUUUGGGAUCGCCACCAAAAUGGGACUAGUGAAGAGUCCCAGCUUCCAGAAAUAA